AGGAAGUAAGUUGAUAUCCACAAACUAAACAGGGCGAAGAUGGUAGAAACUUGAAAGAAAGAAAGAAAAAGGGAAACACAAGAAAGAAAGAGUGUGCAGAAAUGUGCAGCAUAUUGCAGCAAAGCUUCCUGACUCCAUUACCUCUCAACUUCACCAAGCCAGCUACUAAUACUAAUUCUACCUUCAGGACUCUUACUCCCAAAUCUCUUCAAAUCCCUCCUCCAACUCCAAGGAAGAAUAAUAAUGAGAAUAAUAAGUUAGCAAAGUUAGCAAUGGUUGCCCUCUCUGCCGGGAUCUUAACAUUCGGCGCCGUUAAUGUCAACGAUGCUUCAGCCGCCAAGACUGGUGGCAGAAUCGGUGGUCAGGCCUUCAAGUCUGCUGCUCCUCGUUCCGCACCAAGAAUCAACAACAGAAAUUCUAGGACGAAUAUCUAUGUGAAUCCUCCGGUGGCGCCUCCCCUAGUGGGCGGUUACGGUUACGGUUACGGGAUUCCGUUCUAUGGUGGAUGGGGAUGGUCUCCGUUUUCUUUCUUUGCGCCAGGUCCAUCGGUUGCCGUAGGCAUCGGAGGUGGAUUUGAUACAAUACUUUUGUUUAUGUUGAUUGGUGCCGCUGCUGCAGUUUUCAGGAGAUUUUUUGGAACCAGAAAUGAAGACGAUGAUGAUGACUAUUAGCUAGGGUUUCAGAUUUUCAGAUUUUUGUGAAUUAUGAAAUGGAGGUUUUAUUUGUGGGGUGGUAUAUAUACUUAUAUAGUGACCAUAACUUGAUGUAAUUUUUAUACAUGAAACAGAAAAGCAAUCUUGUGCUUCUUCAUA